AUGCGCGAGGACGCGCGUUUUUGUGUCAAUUUGAAAAGGAUAGCUACUCUACUGCAGUGCUGCCCCCAGCAGCACCAAGGUCUCCUGGUCUGCUGCCCCGGGCAAUGCCUAGGGACCCGAGCCCCCCAAGCAGCCUUCUCUCGCCUCCUCUCUAGCGCCUCUGCAGAUAACCCGACCUUUCCGCUAAAAAGCCCAAGCCAGGAGAAAGCGAACAUGUGCAAACCGCUUUCCCCCCUCAGUGUGUGCGUGUAUCUCUCCUCCAAUGGGUGGACUUCCGUCACGAGCAGCCGCAGGCAGCUGGGGGGUAUUCUGGGCUCCAGGGGAAGGCUGUUGAGACUCGUCUGUGGAGCUAAUGGUUUUAAGCAGUCUCCCCUGUGGCUCGUGGUUGUGGACUGGAUGGGUAGGACGUUGUGGAGGCAGAGGCCCCCGCGGGGGCGCGGUCUCCCCUCUUUACUCUUCCUUGGCUCCAAUACUUUGGGAAAGGACCACUAUUCCCAGCAAAAUCAACAGAGCAGCCUCUCCCCGCGGCCUCGAGGGUUCAGCUCUUUAGGGUGCGAGAAAGAGGCUUCCACCCUCGGGAGCCUCCUUAAUAAAGUGCUAAAGCGGCCCACGCUCGGCAGCCUGUACACCUGGGGGUCUGAGCUAGCGAGGUCACCUCAGCCGAGGCAAGGGGAGACUGGAGGGGCGGUGGAGAGGGAACUGGGCGCCCCGAGCCAGCGAGCAGGCUAGCGCAGGGCGUGCUUACCAAAAGGUGGGACACAUAGCGAAUGCGGCAGCAGCUGCAUGUGGCCUGAGGGCAUGCGAGAGGGCCUUGGCCACCAAUCAGGGCCUGAGAGUGACCGCCUUAGGCGAGGGACAGCGGCGGAAUCGGUGAAAUGGUGCAAGGGGAGCCUCAGAGAGCGAGGACUUGGAAGAAAAGCGGAGGCGUUUCAGGGAGAUGCAGGGGGUGGCUGAUGCUAGAGGAAAUAACAGAUACCUGAUCAAUUUUUAAUAAAGUGGAA